AUGAAAGGAAGAUCGAGGAAGGAAAGGAAGAUCGAGGAAGGAAAGGAAGAGGUGUGUGGGUUAACGUCGUUGCCAGUUGAUGUGGUUACGAACUGUCUGGUUCAUGUAUCGAGAUUCGACCUGGCGGCCUUAGCUAUGACCUCCAAGGCACACCGGUCUCUCGCAACCUCCCCUUCCCUAUGGGACUUGAGAUGGCGGAUGAAGCGCAUCGAGCCAUCUUACUACGUGUGCUUGCACAUAUUUCCAGACCCCGUCCCACGGUGGUUCAUCCUCCACCCGGUGAAACGUCAGCUGAAACCGCUCCUCCCGCUUUGGUGUACAGAAUCAGGUUCCUCUUUUAUGGUGGUGGAUUGGGGUAUAUUUAUCAUCGGUGGACUCGUAAACGGCAAACCCACAUCGAAUGUCACCAUGUUCGAUUGUUUCGAGCAUGCGUGGUACAAAAUCCCGCCCAUGAAGAUGGCUCGUGCUUUCGCCUCAGCAAGCGUUAUCGACGGCAAGCUAUACGUGUUUGGAGGGUGCGGGGAUGACGUUGAUUCCUCAAACUGGGCAGAGGUCUACAAUCCCCGCACCUAUACUUGGAAUUUUUUGUGUGUGCCUACUACGACUCGGCCAAAGAAUAUAAAACAAAGCGUGGUGAUAGGCAAGAAGAAGGUUUACGUGGUGGAUGAGGAUCGUCAAAUCUUCUCCUUCUCCCCAAGCAAACUUCCUCCUAUGUUUGUGUCGUGCAGAAAAACAGAUUCUAAACCAGGAGACAGAGACGACUGGUGUUUGAUCGGAGGAUUCUUAUUUUCCCGUGGUGCCCGCGGGACGAUACUUUGGUGUUUGCCAGAAGAGUUCGAUUGGAAGGAAGUCAAGGGUUUGGAAGAGCUGCAACAACAACAGUUGGUUGAAUACGGUAUCACCAAACUCUCCACAAACUAUGCGUCCAACAUUGUCAUCUUCUGGAACGCCCAGCCUCCUCAAGGUGGUGCUACUGAGAGUUUGGAGCUUUGGUCUGCGGAGAUUUCCCUAACGCAAAUCGAGACAAGCCAGGGACUAGAGAUUCGGGGGAAGAUCGAGUGGUCCGGUUCUGUCUACAAACUCGACUACCCUCUCUCAGAAUCAAAUAGAGUUAAGGUCUUGUUUGCUGCUAGUGUCUUUGCCUGAUGACGAUGUUCUCACCUCCUUGGUUCAAAACUAAUAUCUAUUGAUAUCUUAAGUUGUUUUAAGCAUCUUUGUCUGCAUUUUUAAUUUUUAUUUAAUUUGCAAUUUGAGUCAGAACCAAGAUACAUAUAUCUCUUGUGCUCGUCCCUUUUGUCAAAGUGUUUUAGCUUCAAAGAUAACAUAGAUUGCAAGAUAUUAUUGAUAUACAUGUGUAAUUGUUAUAGGCUAUGCUUACGACUUUGUUU